CGGCCGAUCUGAGCCGGCGAGGAGGAGGAGAACCACGGGAUGGCCUCCGCGCCGGCGCCCGGGGGAGCGUUCGACCGCUACGUCCAGCGCGGCGGCGGCGCGCCGCCGGCGGCCGCCGCCGCGGCAAGCGGCAACACGGUUUUCAAGAGUGGACAUCUCUUCAUAUCAUCCAAAGGACUUGGAUGGAAAUCAUGGAAAAAACGCUGGUUCAUCCUCACACGAACAUCAUUAGUUUUUUUCAAGAGUGAUCCUAAUACCUUGCCCCAGAGAAGUGGUGAAGUGAAUGUUACUCUGGGUGGGAUUGAUUUAAACAAUUCUGGCAGUGUGGUAGUCAGAGAAGACAAAAAAUUGCUGACUGUCCUUUUCCCAGAUGGCCGUGACGGUCGUGCUUUCACCCUUAAGGCAGAAACUUCUGAAGAUUUAUUUGAGUGGAAAACAGCAUUAGAAGAAGCUCUUGCACAGGCUCCAAAUGCAGCUCUUGUGAUGGGGCAUAAUGGGAUAUUUCGCAAUGACACUGCUGAUACAUACGAAGGAGCUACUCCAAAUUGGAGAGAGAAGAGGCCAAUCAAGUCAUUAGUUGUUGGCAGGCCAAUACUGCUUGCACUGGAAGAUAUUGAUGGCAGCCCUUCUUUUCUAGAGAAAGCUCUGCGCUAUCUUGAGAAACAUGGUAUAAAAGUGGAAGGAGUUUUGCGUCAGGCUGCAGAUGUGGAGGAGGUUGAUAAGAGGUUACAAGAAUAUGAACAAGGAAGAACAGAGUUUGCACCAGGUGAGGAUGCACAUAUUGUCGGUGACUGUGUGAAGCAUGUUCUUCGAGAGCUACCAUCCUCGCCAGUACCUGCUUCGUGCUGUACAGCAUUAUUGGAAGCUUUUCGGCUGGAGACUAAGGAGGCCCGGGUAAAUGCUAUGCGUUCAGCUAUAUCUGAGACAUUUCCUGAGCCUAAUAGGCGCCUGUUACAGAGAAUUUUGAAAAUGAUGUACACUGUUGCUUCUCAUACCGCUGAGAAUCGGAUGACAGCAUCAGCAGUUGCUGCCUGUAUGGCCCCUCUCUUGUUGCGUCCACUUUUAGCUGGAGAAUGCGAGAUGGAUGAGGUAUUUGAUAUGGAUGGUGAUGAUUCUGCUCAGCUGCUUGCUGCUGCAAAUGCUGCAAAUAGCGCUCAAGGCAUUGUUGCAACUCUUUUGGAGGAAUAUGAGAGUAUAUUUGAUGAUGAACGGCUUGUUGGAUCUUCCCCAUCACCUGAGUCUCAGAUUGAAGAUAGUGGCAGUGAAGCAUCAACUGAUGAUGUAAAUAUGGAUGCCAAAGGUAAUGGAUUUCAUGAUGCAGAGAAUGAUGUAGAUCAAGAAAUGGACGAUGACAAUGGUGCAGAGCGUAUACUUAGUGGAAAGUUGAGUGAGAGCAGUGGAUAUGCUGGGAGUGACCUCUAUGAUUACAAGGUUCAUGCCGAUUCUGAUGCUGAGCACUCUGUUGAUGAUAAGGCAUUGGACGAAAAGACAGAUUUCAGCGAAGGUCCAAAAAUUCAUUCAUCUGAAAAUGGUUCAGCAAAUAUGGAAAUAUCACCGAGUGAGAAGAAUCCUUCUAACCCAGCAUCCGGUCAUGAAACUCCAUUGUCUAUGGGAGAGAUCCUUUCUUCUUUGGAUCCUGGAAUUUCUCUACCUAGUCACGGUUCUGAAUAUUCUGCAGACAGACACUCAAACAAAACAAAUGGGUCUCACUCACAUGUGAAGCGCAGUAACUUCUGGGGGCGGAAUAAUGCAAGAAAGAGCCAUCAUCCAGAAUCAGUUGACUCAUCUGGUGAAGAAGAGCUUGCGAUUCAAAGGCUUGAAAUUGCUAAGAGUGAUUUGCAGAACAGAAUUGCGAAAGAGGCUCGAGGUAAUGCAAUUUUACAGGCGAGUUUGGAAAGAAGAAAGCAAGCACUACAUGAACGUCGUUUGGCCCUGGAACAGGAUGUGUCCAGGUUGCAAGAGCAGCUACAAGCUGAGAGAGAUCUUAGAUCUGCAUUGGAGGUUGGGUUGAGCAUGUCUUCUGGACAGUUUUCAAGUCCACGUGCUAUGGACUCAAAGACAAGGGCUGAGCUUGAGGAGAUUGCUCUUGCUGAAGCUGAUGUUGCAAGGUUAAAGCAGAAGGUUGCUGAACUUCACCUCCAGCUAAAUCAACAACGCCAACACCAAUAUGGCCCAUCUCUAGAUGGAAAUGAUCGUUAUCACCGUAUUCCUGGCAAUUUUUCACAGCAAAACUUUGUUCAACCAGGAUUUGACAUGAAGCUUGCCUUCUGUAAUCAAGAGAAGCAGAGAAAUGAGGAAAGCUCUGUGGAUGCAUCACAAUGGAGGAACAUCAAGCAGCACGUGCUACCUUAUGGUUCUUCUAGGCCACUGACCCGCAAGCUUUCUUUGGAUGCGUCUUCAAGUGAUUCAAGAGGCAUAGAGGCAUCAACAAGCAUGUCAUCAGAGAGCACUUCUGUGGAAAUCAACAUCCCAAAGUUAGCUGAGGGUGUUGAAUAUGGGAGGCAGCCAAUGGUGGCAUCCUCCGCUUUGGUAGAACUAACAACUAGGCUAGAUUUCUUCAAAGAGCGGAGGUCGCAACUGAUGGAACAACUCCAUAGUCUUGAUUUAGGACAUGGUUCUGCUUCGCAGAGUUUUCCAUACAAGCCACCUUCCCCUUGGACCAGUCCAAGGUAGGAUAUGUCCAUUGUAUAUCCUUGGUAGAUAUUCUUCCGUCUUCAUCAUUUGUAGAAGCUGGUGGUGGUAAUGUAAAUUAAUUUUCCUUUUUCAUCUUUUGUUAUAUGGGUUUAUUGUUUUGUUGUUGCAUGAGGUAGCUAUUUUGCCAGUGUGAUGUUGUAGCUGCCUGUAUGUAUGUGUCAACGGGCGCACCUAAACAAGUUCUCCAAAGAUGCGGUGGUAUAUAUGUUUUUUUAUGUGUUGCUCAUAGGGGAUGAACUGGUUUGCUUCUUGUAAUUUAUAUGGCCGUGUUACUCGUACCUAUUGCGGAAGGAAAGGGUACAGG